GUCGUGGACAGCUGCGGCGCGAAACUGUUGAAACGUGUUUGUGGUCGGAUAUGGCGCGGGGUUGGCGGGGACGAGGUGGAAGAGGAAGCGGAUGGGGCAGAGGUGGCGGGAGAGGGAGAGGGAGAGGGAGAGGGGGAGGGAGAGGGAGAGGAAGAGGGAGAGGGAGAGGGAGGGGGAGAGGAGGUGGCAGCCAAGGUGAUGACGGUGGUGGUGGUGGUGGUGGUGGCUUGUUUCAAGGGUUUGAGGCGGGCAUGGCGCCGCCGGAAGUCGACGAUGACUACAGCGUGCCAGCGACACCGCUCGGCAUCCCAACAACCCAGGACUACUCCAACAGCUUUGAUGGACGCGGAGGACACCUUCCAGGCACGGCAGGGGCCGGGAGUGGAACGGGGCCAAUGCCAUCAGCCUCACUGCCGCCGCGUCGGCGCGUUCAUGAUCCUCAGUGCAUCGGCUGGUACCUGUAUUUCCCGCACGAAGAGUUCUCGCCAGACUUCCCUUACCUGCGGCGCAUCAAGGCUCUCAAGGAGUUUUUCAUGAGCCGCAAGGAGCUGUUUGAAGGAGAUAUCGAGUCGGGCUGCGUCAACAUCAACUACCAGGACAUGGCCAGCUACUUUGAAGAUCCCCAAAACAGCCAGGAGGUGCCGUUGUCCGUGGACAUCAAGGAGCAACCGUCGAUUGUGCUGCAGUCCAUUGGCCUGGCCUUCUACCAGGCAUGGCACGCCCACCGCCUCGAGGGCGUGCGCAUGAUGAGACCCUCCGAAACGCAUCUGGACCUGCCGAAGGUGGCGGUCCGCCUGGCCAACUUUUCUCCCGUUACGCCACUCCGCCACCUCAAAGCCAACUGCAUUGGCAAGUUUGUUGCGGUCAAGGGAACGGUUGUGCGGGUGAGCAACGUCAAGCCCCUUGCAACCGACAUGGGGUUCCUCUGCCUCAAGUGCGGCAACGAGCUGUGCCUCGAGCUCUCAGAUGGCAAGUACAAAACGCCGCGUCGCUGCCCAACUCAAGGGUGUCGCAGCCGCAGCUUCCUUCCACAGUUCUCCUCCAUAUUCACACAGACUGUGGAUUUCCAGACCAUUCGACUUCAAGAGAUUAUUGAGGACGAACACAGGGAAUCAGGACGGAUACCGCGGACGGUGGAGUGCGAGUUGGUGCACGACCUCGUGGACACGUGUGCGCCGGGCGACACAGUGGUGGUGUCUGGGGAGGUGCGGGUGGUGAGCAGUGACGAGGGUCGACGUGGUCGCGGCGGCGCCGCAGACAAGAGCAUGUUCCUGCUGUUCAUCCACGCAAACUCCGUGCUCAACACGCGCAAGCAGCUGACCGACUCGCCAAGCGCGGGCGAUGGCGGCGGCGGCGGCGGCGGCGGUGGUGGUGAUGACAACGAUGAUGAUGAUGGUCAGGUUGGGGUGGGGGGCGACCACGGACUGUUUGCACACACGCGGCGCGACCUCUACGCAAUCAACAACAUCCAGCGGGAGGAGGACACGUUCCGGUGCAUUGUGCACUCCAUGUGCCCCACCAUCUUUGGGCAGGAGCUCGUCAAGGCAGGCCUCGUCCUCGCCCUCUUUGGCGGCUGCCAAAAGUUUGCAAAUGACGCCAACAAGAUUCCGCUGCGCGGCGAUCCACACGUUCUUGUUGUUGGGGAUCCUGGCCUGGGCAAGUCGCAGAUGCUUCAGGCGCUCAGCAACGUGGCGCCUCGCGGCGUGUAUGUGUGCGGAAACACCACGACAACGGCGGGGCUCACGGUGACCCUGCACAAGGACGGCAGCACGGGUGACUAUGCGCUGGAGGCUGGCGCGCUUGUGCUCGGUGACCAAGGCCUGUGCUGCAUUGAUGAGUUUGACAAGAUGAAGCAGCAGCACCAGGCGUUGCUUGAGGCCAUGGAACAACAGAGCAUCAGCAUUGCAAAGGCCGGCGUCGUCUGCAGUCUCCCGGCCCGCACCGCAAUCGUCGCCGCAGCCAACCCCGUGGGCGGCCACUACAACAAAGGCAAGACGGUGUCCGAGAACAUCAAGAUGAGCUCGCCGCUGCUGUCGCGCUUUGACCUCGUGUUCAUCCUGCUCGAUGAGGCCAACGAGGAGCGCGAUCGUAUGCUCUCCGAGCAUGUCAUGGCACUGCACGCCACCAGCGCCCGCCGGCGCAACGCCGCCCUCGACGACUUUGCGCGGCUCCCAGCAGGUGCCGAUGACGAUGGAAGCGGCAGCCAGACGCAGCCGCUGGCAGACCGACUCCGGCUGCGGCGCCACGAGGAGCUCGACCCAAUUCCCCCGUCGCUGCUGCGGAAGUACGUGGCAUAUGCGCGUAAGUACGUGCACCCGCGGCUCACGGACGAAGCGGCGCAGGUUCUGCAGGAGUUCUACCUCGACCUGCGGCAGCGGCAUCAGAGCGCCGACAGCACGCCCAUCACCACGCGCCAGAUUGAGUCGCUCGUCCGCCUGGCAGAGGCCCGCGCCCGCUCGGAGCUCAGGGUCGAGGUCACAAAGCAGGAUGCAUUGGAUGUGGUUGAGAUUAUGCGGUGCAGCCUAUUUGACACGUACUGCGACGAGUUUGGCCAGCCCGACUUUGAGCGCUCACAACUUGGGUCUGGGAUGAGCAAGAAGGCGCAGGCGAAGCACUUUGUGAGCCACUUGAACAAGAUGGCGGCGCAGAACUACAACUCGCUCUUCUCCAGGCAGCAGCUCAAGGAAAUUGCCAUGGACAUUGGCCUGCAGAUCCUUGCAAAGGGAGAGCUGCAAGUGAGCAAGGAGGAGCGCGACAACGAGCUGGCAGACAAGUUCAAGGAGGUGGCCUCGAUUGUAUCGGACAAGUGCAUCAACCCCGACACAAAGCGCCCAUAUGUGGCUGCGCAGAUUGAGCGCGCGAUGAAAGACCUGCACUUCUCCGUCAAGCCCAACGCGUCCAGCAAGAGCCAGGCACUAGACGUGAUCCGCAAGCUGCAGGAGACCAUCCCGCUCGAGCGUGCACAGAUGACCGUGCGUGUGGUGCUGCCGGCGCGUGAGGCGAAGAAGACAAAGGCCGCCAUAUCCGGCUUCUUUGCCGAAGUUGAAUCCGACGAGUUUGAGGGCGACGAGCUCGAGAUUGUUGCAAAGGUUGACCCUGGCGCUUACAGGCUGAUUGACGAGAAGGUGAACGAGUUGACACGUGGCAAGGGCACGCUCGAGAUUCUCAGCGUCAAGAACGUACAGGAGGGCGAUCAAGUCCUCUGA